AUGUUGUCUAUUGACAAACGCCUUAUUUUAAAAAUUAUCGUCCUCACAUCCACCUUCUGGAUUGGUGUCCAAUUUAUCCUCUUGCAGUAUCUUGUUAGUCCAACGAUUGAUCAGAAGGUUAGAUCACCUUUGAUGAAUUCUUCGGAUCAAGAGGAUAAUUUGGAACAUGCAGCUCUUAUGAGAGAAGCAGCAGCCUUGCUUUCCCGUUAUGGUGGUGCCGGCGGAGCCGGUUCCUUAUCCCUUCUGGGAGAAGGUGGAAAAGCUGUACGCUUACCCACUCAUCUCAUGGCAGACUCCAAAGCCAAGUUUGCAUUGAAUCAAUUCGAUGUGGUUAUAAGCGAUCUCAUUAGUGUAAACCGUUCCCUCCCUGACGUUCGGCAUGAUUCACCUUUACACGUUUUGUCCUACGAUAUUAAUUCAAUGUAG